GAUGGAUAGGAGAUUGAAUGCUUAUUUGAAAGAGAUGGCAUAUGUAAGAAAAAAAGAGAGACAAAUGCAGCUUCUUAAUGCUACUGCGAAAUUUGCUGCGUGUCGAGGAACUGAUGAAAAGAUCAUAGAUGAUGCGAAAGCGUUUGUCAGCAUUCAAUGCUCUGAAUUAAGUGAAGAAUCAAAAACAGAUGAAGCGUCAUGUGACCAUCAUGGUUGUUCUACAGAAAAAAUGUAUACUUUUGUUACCUUUGAUAAGACAAGUCGACUCACUCCAGAAAUUUGUUGCAAAUCUCCUAUGAGAAAGCACGGAGAUGAAUUUAAAAAUUUCAUAGAUUCUGACUCGAGUAGUGUAGUCAUAGAUUUUAAUAGCAAAAAUUCAGACACGGAAGUAGAAGGUUCUGAUCAUUCUCACUCUUAG